UUAGGUUCGCACAGCUGUUGCCUCUUCCCGCCAUUUUUCCCAAAAGCCUAGAGAGAGAAAGAAGAAAGAGAGGGAGAGGGAGAGGGAGAGGGAGAGGGAGAGAGAGAGAGAGGGGAAAGAGUCAGUAUCUUUUCUUCUACAUACCAAUUUGGUCACCGAUAACACUUCCUCUCUCUGAUCGGUCUCUGCUUGUCUGUUCUAGAAAAACCCUAGAACACCGUACGCGAUGGCAGAUUCUAGGGUUUUCACCGGCUCAGCCGGUGUCCCGAACCGACUUCAAGCCGGCAUCAUCUCCAAGAUCCGGUUAGAGAACUUCAUGUGCCAUAGUAACUUGCAGAUGGAGUUCGGCGACUGGGUCAAUUUCAUCACAGGACAGAAUGGAAGUGGCAAAAGUGCUAUACUCACUGCACUGUGUAUCGCAUUUGGUUGUCGAGCUAAAGGCACGCAAAGGGCUUCGACAUUGAAAGAUUUUAUAAAGACUGGUUGCAGUUCUGCUGCUGUAUACGUGGAAAUAAAAAAUCAAGGAGAAGACGCGUUUAAGCCGGAUAUAUAUGGCGAUGUCAUAGUUAUAGAACGCAGGAUUUCUGAAUCAACGAGUUCCACUGCUUUAAAGAAUCACCAAGGAAGACGAAUAUCUAGUAGAAAGGAGGAUCUCCGCGAGCUUGUAGAACAUUUCAAUAUUGAUGUUGAGAAUCCCUGUGUAAUUAUGAGUCAAGACAAAAGCAGAGAGUUUUUACAUUCAGGGAAUAGCAAAGAUAAAUUCAAGUUCUUUUUCAAGGCAACUCUUCUUUAUCAAGUGGAUGAGCUAUUAAAUGGUAUUGGUAAACAACUGGACGAGGCAAAUGAAUUGGUUUCUGAACUGGAAUCUUCAAUAGCGCCAAUAUUGAAUGAACUUAAUGAAUUGCAAGGAAAGAUAAAAAACAUGGAGCAUGUAGAAGAAAUAUCUCUACAGGUGCAGCUGUUAAAAAAAAAACUUGCAUGGUCAUGGGUAUAUGAUGUUGACAGGCAAAUCCAGGAGCAAAAUGCAAAGAAUACAAAGCUGAAAGAUCGAAUACCUGCUUGCCAAGCCCGAAUAGAUCAGCAAGUUGGUAAAGUGGAGGAGUUGAGGGAUCACUUGGCCAAGAAGAAAGCUCAAAUUGAGUGUAUGAUGGAAAGGACAACAGAAGUGAGGAGAAUGAAGGAUGAAUUGCAGCAGAGUCUCUCCUUGGCUACAAAAGAAAAGCUUGAGCUAGAAGAAGAACAUGGUCGCAAAACCAAUCUCAUCCAGAAGCUGGUGAAGCGGGUUAAGUUGCUUGAGCAACAAAUUCAUGACAUUCAUGAACAACAUAUUAAAAAUACACAGGCUGAAGAAUGUGAGAUGGAGGAGAAAAUGAAGGAACUUCAAAAUGAGGUCAAUGCAGCUAAUUUAAUACUUGCAAGAUUGAAGGAAGAAGAGAAUUAUUUAUCAGAAGGGCUAUCCAUGAAAAUGGUAGAAAUCGAAAAGAUUGCUUCUGAGAUUGAAGAUAAUGAGAAAAAGCAUAGGGAAAUUCGUUCUCACAUACGCGACCUUCGACUACAUCAAACCAACAAGGUUACAGCUUUUGGGGGAGCUAGAGUGACUACUCUUUUACAGGAAAUUGAGAAGAAUCAUCAAAGAUUCAGAAGGCCACCCAUUGGUCCCAUUGGUGCCCAUGUGACAUUAGUUCAUGGUGAUAUGUGGGCUCCUGCUGUUGAAAAUGCCAUUGGCAAGUUGCUUAAUGCUUUCAUUGUGACGGAUCACAAAGAUUCUCUUCUUUUGAGAGGAUGUGCUAGGGCAGCAAACUACGGCCACCUUCAGAUUAUCAUAUAUGAGUUUGCCAGGCCAAAGUUGCAAAUUCCCAAUCACAUGCUUCCUCAGACUAAACACCCAACUACUAUUUCUGUUAUACAUUCUGACAAUCCUACUGUAAUGAAUGUCUUGGUGGAUGUGGGUAGUGCUGAGAGACAAGUCCUUGUUAGAAAUUACGAUGUGGGCAAAACAGUUGCUUUUGACCAAAGGAUUCCAAAUUUGAAGGAGGUUUACACUUUAGAGGGACACAAAAUGUUUUCCCGCGGUUCAGCCGAAACCAUUCUCCCUCCAAAUAAGAGGGCUAGAACUGGCCGUCUUUGUGGUUCAUAUGAUGAACAAAUUAAGAAUCUUGAAAGGGAUGCGUUAAAUGUAAAAGAUCAAGCUCAACAAGGCCAGAGGAAGAAAAGGAAUGUGGAGGAGGCACUUUGGGGUAUGAAGGAUGAACUACAAAACACAAAGAGGAGGCGUGUCAAUGCAGAGCGGGAUUUGAUGUCCAAGAACCUAGCGCUACAAGAUUUGAAGAAUUCAAAUGUCAUAGAAGCUAAUUCAGCACCUGCAUCAACUGUUGAUGAGCUUCAUCGAGAAAUUUAUAAAAUCCAAGAUGAAAUACAGGAAAGGGAAAUGGUGUUAGAAAAGUUCAGAAUGAGAAUGAGUGAAACGGAAACCAAAGCCAAAGAUCUUAAAAUUUCAUUCGAGAACCUAUGUGAGUCGGCAAAAGGGGAAAUUGAUGCCUUUGAGGAGGCAGAGCGUGAGCUAAUGCUGAUUGAAGGAGAUAUAAAUUCUGCAGAAGCGGAGAAGAUUCAUUAUGAGGGGGUGAUGAAUAACAGGGUCCUUCAUGAUAUCGAAGUGGCUGAGGCACAAUAUCGAGAGCUCGAAGACAACCGUAAGGAGAGCUACAAAAAGGCUUCUAUCAUUUGUCCUGAGAGUGAGAUUGAAGCUUUAGGAGGUUGUGAAGGGAGCACCCCAGAGCAACUUAGUGCCCAGUUAAGUAGACUAAAUCAGAGACUUCAACGAGAAAGCCAGAGAUAUUCAGAAUCUAUCGAUGAUCUCAGAAUGUUGUAUGAGAAAAAAGAGCGUAAGAUUUUGAGAAGACGGCAAACGUACAAAGCUUUUCGUGAAAAAUUGGAUGCAUGUCAAAAAGCCCUGAAGUUGCGUUGCGUCAAGUUCCAAAGGAAUGCAUCUCUUUUGAAGCGCCAGUUGACUUGGCAAUUCAAUGGUCACUUGAGAAAGAAGGGGAUCAGCGGGCACAUUAAAGUCAGUUAUGAAGAGAAAACCCUCUCAGUAGAAAUUAAGAUGCCCCAAGAUGCGUCAAAUGACACUGUUCGUGACACUAGAGGGCUUUCAGGCGGGGAACGUUCUUUCUCGACAUUAUGCUUUGCACUAGCUCUGCAUGAAAUGACAGAAGCCCCAUUUCGAGCGAUGGAUGAGUUUGAUGUGUUUAUGGAUGCAGUUAGCCGGAAAAUCAGCUUAGACACUCUUGUGGAUUUUGCAUUGGCACAAGGAUCCCAAUGGAUAUUUAUCACCCCUCACGAUAUCAGCAUGGUCAAACAGGGAGAGAGAAUAAAGAAGCAGCAAAUGGCGGCUCCUCGCUCAUGAUCAUCACUAUUUGCAAUUUUUUGCUCUUUUGAAGGACAGGGAUGAUAUGCAGCAUAUUCUUAUGCUAGAAAUGUGCUUCCGGCUAAAGAUCAUAUCCUUGUCUUUGCCUUUGUUCUAAUUAUAUGCUUCUCUCAAGUAUUAUAUAUACUGUAGGAAGUUCAUUCUAGAUGUUCACUGUACCUGUCGCCCUUUUAAAUUAGUUUCGGCAUUGCUGCUAUAUACAUUAUCUAACUACCCAGUGAAUGGACAUUAUUUAAUUCAGGUUCCAAGUCUAUACAUUUGAUGGCACCAUUGCCUUAAUGUGAUUGUGGUGAUUGUCACCUGUUAUCUUAAUAUUUGUGCUUACAUUUGCUUGUAUUAGAA